CCACUAGGUGGCGAUAACGCACUGUUCUGCGGUCUCCCUAAGCAUUAAAGAAGAAGACCACUCUAGCAUGAGACUCCUGUUUGUGCAUGAAUGUGUGUAUGAUUUAUCAGUGGUUGUUCAUCCUGUAAGCGCUGUUGGGUUUGCUGCUAAAGUCACACGUGUGUAUAAAUAUAGUCAGUAGUAGACUGAUGGCCUUCUCCCUGCCAGUGUGGCUUGCGGUCCAAGGAGAGCUCCUCGAAAAUGGCGAGGCUGACUACGGCACUCUGAGCUGUUUUGACGAUUUCGACGACGAAGCGUUGUUCCAGAUGUUCCACCUCACCAGACCCUGCCUCACUUUCAUCACAGACUCUGCUCGCAUCCGCAUGAAGGCAGUCGAUGUGGACAAAUCAACGCUGUCCGUGGACGCGAUGGUCAUGGUGGCGCUGAACUAUUACGCACAUGGAGUUUCCUCCACUGCCCUUCUGCAGAAAUUCGGACUCAGCCAGACGGAAAGUCCAGCGAUCAUCAGAACAGUGUCCGGUGUUAUCUCCGGGAUGGCCGAUCAGUUCAUCUCAUUCCCAUUUACCCGGGAUGCCAAAGCCAACGUCGCCUUCAAGAUAAAGAAGAUCUGCGGGAUCCCCCGUGUGCUCGGCGUCCUGGCCCCCGCGCACUUCAAGAUCAGAGCUUCUCCGUAUGAGAAGAACUCUUUCAGAUCUUUUGUCAACACCUUGAGUUACACAUCGGUCGUGAGCCAGAUCAUAUGCGACUCCGAUGGCAACAUACUGAGUGUUGAAAAAUGUUGUGUGGGCAGCACAUUUGAGCAAGAAAUAUGGGACUCGUCGUUCAAGGGAAGGGAACUAGAGACAGAACUUCACGGACCAUAUUGGGUUAUUGGUGGGAAAGGUUACAGCUUAAGCAAACAUGUCUUGACUCCUGUGUCAGAACCUGCAAAUGACAUGGAGAAACGCUUCAAUGAGGCCCACGCAAAGAUCUAUGACAUCAUGCGGAUAACGCUUGGCUCCAUGAAGAGACGCUUCAGGUGUCUGAUGCAACUUGGUUUUGCACAGGAAAACUCUCUGAACAAAAAGUCUGACAUCAUCAAGGCAUGCAGUGUCUUGCACAACAUUGCCAAGAAGUUCUCUGUCCCUCCCCCGCCUGUAGCUGGUAAAAUUGAGCCCCUGUAUCCAGGCAAGCCAUAUUCAGUGCCAGCAGAGAUCAACCUCGAGGCCCUAAAUGCAAGGCAGAACCUCAUUGAGGAAAUCUUCUCAGUUGUCUCCUGCAGCCAGGACUCUAUAGGUAACAACGCAGAGGAGAAAGCGUGAACAUACUGCCACAUUAGGGACAAACCCUCCUUAAAAAGAAGUCCUCAGUUUAAGGCUGCUGUUCUGUUGCCAUUCAGUGUUGGGGGGGUUUUCAUAAUAAGAACCUACCAAAACAUGUUGAGCCGUAUAACGCUCAUC